AUGGGUUCAGUAGGCAGGAAUAGGAUCAACACGCCAUGUGCUGCAUGCAAGCUCCUUCGCAGGCGAUGCACCGAAGACUGCACCUUUUUGCCAUACUUUCCACACUCUAAAGCUCACGACUUUGCCGCUGUGCAUCGGAUCUUUGGUGCCAGUAAUGUCUGCAAAAUGCUGCAAGAGAUUCCCGCCCAUGACAGAGGAGAUGCUGCGAUCAGCAUAGUUUAUGAAGCCAAGGCUCGGCUAAAGGACCCAGUUUAUGGUUGCGUCGCUCUCAUAGCCUCUCUCCAAAGCCAGGUGUUCCAGUUGCAAUCUGAGUUGAACACAGCUCUUUCAGAAGCAAUGGCAAUUAGAGCUCAACAGUCAUUAUCAUUGUUAAUGUCUUCCGAGGGCUUCCUAUCAGCAGCUGAUAUGCCAAAAACUGACCUCGAUUAUCACCAGCCAAUGCAGCGCGACUGCACCACCCAGACCCCCACCUCGUUCGCAAUGCCAUUCUUCCCUCAGGUCAUAGACUCUGUCCAGGCAAUUACUGAAGUUCCUCCUCUACCACUACCAGAGUCAUGGUAUUGA